UGGAUUACCAAAUUAGAGUAGGAGACUGAUUCGUAUUUCCUCAUCACAUUCAAACCUCUUCCAAUCCUUUUCAACCUUAACCGUUCUUAAAUAAAAUUAUUAUUUUAUUCUAUUUUUAAUAAAGAAAUAAAAAUUCUGUUUUGAUUUCACCUGCUUUGUCAUUCUUUUAAUUAUUAUUAUUCUCUUUCUGCCAAUCAAAUCAAAUCACAUAAAAGAAAACCCAAGUCAUUCCUUUUGCUUCUUUCAAUAAAAUCCUAGUAUUGGAUUUUAUGAGAGAAAGAAACCGUUUCUUACUUGCACAAUUGGGUUAGAAGGAAAUUAAGGGUUAGGUUUCUUCUUGUUGGAGAAGAAGAGAAGGACAUAGUUUUUCUUUCUGGGUUUUGAUUUUUGGUUAGGUUAGUUCUUUCGUUUUUUAUUAGUCAAUGGAACAGUUCAAAUCUCCUGCAUAUUCUCAUGUCAAAGAGGAUCAUUCUAUUAAGCAAUCUUGGAGAAGUGACAAUACCCCUAAGGGCCCAAGAAGUCCCCAAAAUCAAAAGGUAACAGCCAGAUGGGAUCCAGUCGAAGCUUGUAGGCCUCUCAUUGAUGAUGCUCCAGUGUUUUAUCCAACUGUUGAGGAAUUUGAAGAUACACUUGGUUAUAUAUCAAAGAUUCGUGCGAAAGCAGAGUUGUAUGGUAUAUGCCGGAUUGUCCCUCCACCUUCUUGGAGUCCACCUUGCCGCCUCAAAGAGAAAGAUAUAUGGGAACAUGCUAAAUUUUCUACAAGAAUUCAGUAUGUUGAGUUGCUUCAAAAUAGGGAGCCAAUGAGAAAAAAAUCUAAAAGUCGGAAACGGAAAAGGAGAUUUUCGAGGAUGGGAACAACGAGGAGACGCAAGAGGAGACUUACCAAUUCUAGUUCAGAAGGAAAUGUUGCCUCUGAGACUGAUGAGACAUUUGGAUUCCACUCUGGUUCUGAUUUCACACUUGAAGAGUUUGAGAAAGAAGCUGCUUAUUUCAAAGAGUGCUACUUUGGAACGAAGGAUCUAAUGGAUGAUGGGAAUGAAACCCAAAAAUGGGAGCCUUCUGUCGAGGAUAUUGAAGGUGAAUACUGGCGGAUUGUUGAAAAACCAACUGACGAGGUUAAGGUACUCUAUGGAGCUGAUUUGGAAACAGCAACAUUUGGAAGUGGGUUCCCUAAGGCUUCAGCCUUGAUGACUGAAGGUGAUUCAGAUCAGUAUGUGGUAUCUGGGUGGAAUCUAAACAACUUACCACGUCUGCCAGGUUCUGUGCUGUGUUUUGAAGGAUGUGAUAUCUCAGGAGUUUUAGUUCCAUGGCUGUAUGUUGGAAUGUGUUUCUCAUCAUUUUGUUGGCAUGUUGAGGACCACCACUUAUAUUCGCUAAACUAUUUACAUUGGGGUGAUCCAAAGAUAUGGUACGGAGUACCUGAAAGCCAUGCUUCCAAUUUGGAGGAUGCAAUGAGAAAACAUUUACCUGAUUUGUUUGAAGAACAGCCUGAUCUACUUCAUGGACUGGUAACUCAACUAUCUCCUUCAGUUUUAAAAGCUGAGGGUGUACCAGUUUAUCGGGUGGUCCAACACUCUGGGGAGUUUGUUCUAACCUUUCCUAGAGCAUACCACUCUGGCUUUAAUUGUGGCUUCAACUGUGCAGAGGCAGUGAAUGUAGCCCCUGUUGAUUGGUUAGCACAUGGACAGCAUGCAGUUGAGCUUUACAGUGAGCAACGGCGCAAAACAUCUAUAUCCCAUGACAAGCUACUGAUGGGAGCAGCUCAGGAAGCAAACCGUGCCCUUAGGGAGUUAUUACUUCUUGGAAAGGAAACUUCUGAAAAUUUAAGGUGGAUGAGUGUCUGUGGGAAGGAUGGAGUGCUCACUGCAGCAGUUAAGACAAGGGUAAAGAUGGAGGAGGAAAGAAUAAAGUGCCUUCCGACUAAUUUAAAACUGCAAAAGAUGGAAAAGGACUUUGAUUUGCAAAACGAGAGAGAAUGUUUCUCAUGCUUCUAUGACUUGCAUUUAUCCUCUGCCAGCUGUAAGUGCUCCCCUGAACGAUUUGCAUGCCUUCAACACGCAAGCCAUUUUUGUUCAUGUGAAAUAGACCACAGAUAUGUCCUUCUCCGCUACACUAUGGAUGAAUUGAACACUCUGGUUGAUGGGCUGGAGGGAGAAUCAUAUGGUCUGAAAGACUGCCCUGAUGAACAGGGAUUAGUUUCUCUUGGUGAUAAUGGCACUCGUGUUCCUGAGCUGGAACUUAAGGAAAGUCCACGUUGUUCUAAAAAAACAGAAGAAAAAUUGAGCACCAAUGGCUCUUGCAGUUUUAAUAGCAAUACUUCUUCAGAAGUAAUCCAGUCAGAGAGUUAUCACAACAGCUUUCCAGUAAUGAAAAACAAAGAUAAGGUGAAGCAAGAGGGAUGCAUUGAUUUGAAUAUUGAUGUUAUGCUUAUUGAUCAGGAAAGUAAGCAUCUGCUUGAAUCUGAUGGCUGUGAUAACAAAGCAAUCUCAUAUGUGAAGGAGACACAUGGUUCACCAUGUAUGCAAGAGACGCCUGGCAGUUCAGAUGUGGCAAAAGAACAAGACAGGGAACAAGCUGUUGGAGAUUGUGAAGCUAAGUUACAGGAAUUGUCAAAUAAAAAUGACCCUUCUUAUCCAAUGUUUACUCAGGAUACUUGUGCAUCUCGUAAUAAGUUGUUUGGGGUUGAUCUUUCACGUUCACAUUCAGUGAGGCCAGCAAAGAGCUUCAAAACUGAAAUGAAUAAGGGUGGCUUAGAUGUAAGACCUGCAACUAAUGGCAGUUCAGAUGCGGCAAAAGAACAAGACAGGGAGCAAGCUGUUGGAGAUUGUGAAGCUAAGUUACAGGAAUUGUCAAAUAAAAAUAACCCUUCUUAUCCAAUGUUUACUCAGGAUACUUUUGCAUCUCGUAAUAAGUUGUUUGGGGUUGAUCUUUCACGUUCACAUUCAGUGAGGCCAGCAAAGAGCUUCAAAACUGAAAUGAGUAAGGGUGGCUUAGAUGUAAGACCUGCAACUAACCAAAGCAUUCCAGUAAAGAAAUUGAAUCCUUGUGUAGAACCAAUAAAUGUAGGAUCCGUCAUGUUUGGAAAGCUUUGGUGCUGUAAGCAGGCCAUUUUCCCUAAAGGAUUUAAAAGCCGGGUUAAGUUCUUUAAUGUGCAUGAUCCCAUAAAAAAAUGUUCCUAUAUUUCAGAAGUACGGGAUGCUGGGCCUCUUGGGCCUCUUUUCAAGGUAUCUUUAGAAAAAUUCCCUGGUGAGACAUUAGCAACAGAUGUUUCAAUUCAGAAGUGCUGGGAGAUGGUGGUGCAAAGACUAAAUGAUGAAAUUGGAAGACGAAACAGCCUAGGAGAAAGAAACCUUCCCCCUUCGCAGAGUAUUAAUGGGAUUGAAAUGUUUGGAUUCCUCUCCCCACCAAUUGUUCAGGCUAUCGAGGCUCUUGACCCUGAUCAUCGUUGCGUGGAAUACUGGAAUCACAGGCUUGUUAAUUUGAGGAAUACAAGGGAAGCCAAGCAGCCCCCGUUUGGAUCAAGUUGCUGUCUCACAAAAAUGAAGGAAAAAAUUGACAUUAACCUUUUGACACAGGAACCUGGUAGCUUAUUCAUAGGAGGUCAUCGCUCAGUUGACGAAGAUGUGCAGCACGUGCUGCGAGGCUUAUUCAAGAAAGCUAGUCAGGAAGAGUUGAAAACAAUGCACAGAAUACUCCACAGUGACGCACAAAGUGCUGAGCGAAGAGAAGCUUUCACAACACUGAUGGAGGAGAUUCAGAAAACAAGUAGAUAAAUAAAAAGAAUAUGUUUAGGUUCCAUCAUUCUUUCUCAUUGAGAGUAGCUUACUUUCUCAUAAUUCAGGCCCAAUUUUUUCAAAAGUUCAUAAAAGGGAAAGAGUUCCCAGGCACGAGUCACGCUCAAAUAUUUUGCAGCGUGCCUGCUCGUAAUGUAGAUACAGUAUCUUGAUUGCUGAUGCCAACUGACCACAAGGGUGAUUUUGUACAUUAGGAACCCUUGUUCCCACCAUGUUCCUUUCUAAAUUUCAUUGAGUUCUAACUUGGUUUCCUUUC